UGCCCCGGUGUCUCCUUUCCCGUGUUGUCCAGGCUCUCAGGAUGGUUUCCAGGAAGGUGGUGGCCAGUUUGCUGCUGGUGUCCCUGCUGUCCGUGCUGGCUGAGCAGACCCAAGGCUUCAUGCCCUUCUUCACCCAGAGUGACUUCCAGAAAAUGCAGCUGCAGGAAAAGGAGAGGAACAAGGCAGGGCAGAAGAAAUCCCUGAGCCCUCUGCAGCAGCUGGAGGAGGAAGGUUUCUCUGAGCAAUCCGGUGUGGAUGUCACCGCAGCCAAGACCUUCCAGCAGGCCCUUCCUGUCAGAGCUUGGCUCACCCCAAGGCAGCUGGAAAAAUACCAAGAUGUCCUGGAGAAACUGCUGGCAGAGCUGAUACAGGACACCCCAGACGGUACUGUCAGAGGGUUGAUUUCUGCCUUGGGAAUUCUGCCUUUCCUUCUUCUCAUCAGCUCAUCAGCACAGAGAUAUUUAUAUUCUCCAGAAGGCUGA